AUGUCCACCUCCCGUGCCCAGCAGGAAGACACCCUCGAGGCGCAGAACGACCAGCGCCUCGACGACCUCCACUCCAAGAUCAGGACUCUGCGUGCGGUCACCACCGACAUCCACGACGACGUCGAGCGCCAGAACCUCUUCCUCGACGACACCCGGGACACGUUCACGUCCUUCGGCUCCAGUCUCUCCGCCUCCGCCAGCCGCAUGUCCCACGCCGUGUCCCCGCGCGCCGCCACCGCCCUCAGCGUCGCCGCCUACCUCCUCGGCUUCCUCCUCGGCGCCUGGUUCGUCGGCCGCAUCAUCAGCUGGUGGAGCGCCUGA